AAAGGCUCAAAGGUCCUAAAUAUCUCAGAUGCCUUACACCAAUCAGGAAGCGCAACGUCAUCAGAGCGUCACAGAAAGAGGAAGAAACUGUUCUAAGAGAAAAAGCAGGUGCUGCACGUGAGAAACUUAUCGCGUGCAAACUAACUAAUCUAAGCUUCAUUUAAAUCUAACUUCAAGUGUGUAUUGAGUUGCUGUGUGCGUACAUGCAAAAAAAACCACACACAAGUUUGUAAUUCAACAAAGUCUUCAGUAAAGCAAGAAAACCUUUACUAUGUCCUGUAGUGCUUCUUUUCACAACUAAGCAUCUCAUUCAGUUCUGACCGACUGCCUGCUGCUUUCCGCACCUAUAACUAUUCACUACAUUCCGAACCCUACAUUUCAAUUGGUCCUUCGAGCCGGAUGCGGAUCACAGCAGAGAGAUGACAUCCCAUUCUGAACAAGAUCCCCGUGUUGUCAGACCUCGACGACAAAUAAGGCCGCCUGCACGUUUAGCGGAUUAUGAUGUUACUGGAACAGAGAAUGUGAAAAGAGCAUUACCAACUAGUCGGUUAAAUGAAGCUGUAAGGGAUGAAGCCCCACUGAGGACAGAUACUGUAUCAAGAUCAUCCUCCCCAAAGAGCCAGUUAUCAUAUUUAGAUGAUCUAGAUGUCCAAGAUGAAUGGCAAGAGGAUGAUGAGCAUCUGCAAUCACAACAGUUAUCUGAAAUUAAGUCUAUGUGGGCUGAGAUGAAGAGAGGCAAUGAUGAGCUGCAUAGUCACAUCCUACCUGGGAUCCUGUCUGCAUUACAAGGGCUCAAGACAGAGAACUCCAACAUAAGGCAGGAGAUACAGCAAUUAGCAACACGUGCCGAGGCACCUAGACCACAAGUAACCCCAGUAGCAGCCCCGCGUACUAGUGUGUCAUCCAGACAGAGGCAGCAGCUAUCUGCCACCCAGAGUGAACAUACACUAUAUUCCCAUGACGUUCCACGUAGAUCAGUUCAGACUGAGCAGCUGACCAGAGAGAUGAGGGACUUGACAUUUUUACCCAGAUCAGAGCACAUGAGCCAUCAUACCCCCCCACAAAGAUCUUAUGCUUACGCAUCACAGCCUGCUGAAGCUGUCCUUUAUGAAGAUGAAACUCCACGAGUCAUACAUGGACAUUAUUCAGGGGAGCAGGAGAUGCAUGGACUACCCCAAACUGGGAUAACACCUCGAGCUAUAAAGUUCCAUGAACAGGAGAAAGCUUAUAGGGGGCCAACUCCUACAAUACCUCGCUUAACAGCAGCUGACCCAAGACAGUUCUCGAGACUGCGGAUGGCACUAGAGAACCUCCUGCCAGAAGAUGCAAGUGAGUGCUUCAAAUAUCAGAUCCUGACUGAUCAUUUGAUGGUAGAGGAAGCCCUGCUGGUGGCAGACUCCUACUGCAAUUCAGUUAGACCUUACACAGACACAAUGCGAGCCCUUGUGAAGAUGUAUGGUGAACCUCACAAGCUCGUUCUGCGAAACAUAACAGAGGUACUGGAAGGUCCAAACAUUAAGCCAGGAGAUGUUAAAGCAUUCAAGUUAUUUGCGCUCCGUGUGCGCUCUCUAGUGAGUAUGUUGGAGCAGUUGGGACCUGAAGGAGCAGCUGAACUGGAAUGUGGCUCGCACGUGUCUAGACUACAAGGUAAACUCCCUCAUGAGCUCAGGACUAGUUUCAAGAGGCAUGUCCACCCAUUAAGAAUUACUGUUCCUACCCUAUUGGAUUUUGCAGACUGGUUAGAAUAUGAACUUCAAGUUCAGGAUGAUACAGGCAAAACAGCUAUCCAUGCUCCAGAUUCAUCCACCAAGAGAAGAGAUACUCGUCAUGAAUCAAAGUCACAAGGGAAAUCGAUGAGCAUCCUGCUGGGCACAGAGAAGCCUGCAACAGACCGUGAACUCAGAGUGCCUGCUUCGGAGUCUAGAUCUAGCUCUAACAAGUAUGGAGGAAAAUUACAUGCUUACUGUCCUUAUUGUGACAAUUCCAGUCAUUUUCUCAAUGGAUGUCUUAAUUUCAGAGAGUUGACUAAAGAUCAGAAAGAGUCAUGGAUUUGA